AUGACAUGGAUAAAUGUAAAUAAUUGCUUAAACAAUUAGAAAGAAAAACGAAUAUCUAAUUGGAACGAAAUUGAAAAUAUAAUGUAGUUUACAAUAUUUAAAAAAAAAAAAAUAUUGGACUUACAAUUUGAUGAACGAUUUAAGUUUUGAUUGAAAUAUUUAUACAUUGGAAUGUUAAUCAUUUCAACACAAAAAGGAAAUCGUCAUUUACAGUUAACAAUCAUAUAAUUCAAUUUUUUUGAUGAAGAGACCAGAUUUUCAAAAUUACUUAAUUCAUUUGCAAUCAACUAUGCGUGUUAGUUUCAUCAUUGACGGUGCGAACGAACUUAUUGCACAAUCUAAUGUAAUAUACUCGUGUCUUUUAUUUUUGUUCUAGUAUUUGAUCAUUGGGUUAUCUUAUAAAUUGAAAGUAUCUUUUGAUAGACGGAUACACAGUGUUGGACGUGGUAAUGUAUUGGAAAGAAACCCCGGUUCGUGGUGUGGAAGAAGCGGAACUACCACAAUUCACGAUAAUCGGUUACGAAACGAACGAUCGUAAAGAGAAGCUGGCCACUGGUAUAUACCAAAGAUUAUCGUUAAGCUUCAAACUUCAAAGAAACAUCGGAUACUUCGUUUUCCAGACUUAUUUGCCUAGCAUAUUGAUCGUGAUGCUGAGCUGGGUCAGUUUUUGGAUAAAUCACGAGGCGACCAGUGCUAGAGUAGCUCUC